UUCCCCUGGAUCUGGGUCAUGUCUCCUGGCGUCCGGCAGGAUCGAAGGAGAGCUUGUCCCCGAGAGCCGCAGCAGUAGAUGCUGAGGUUAGAUCUGAUCAAAGGAGAGAAUCUCGGACUGUCCAGGACGGUGGAGGGAGGGGAAGAUGAGGGAGAGGCGCCCUCAAACCAGGAGAGACCGCCAUCCUACCGGGCAGAGGGAAAUACCGCUAACCCCAGGCAGAGAACAGACAGAGAACUGGAACUUGCCCUGUGGUUGGGGGCAAGGUGACCCCUUCAGUAGCCUACAAUCCAGCUAGGACCUUACAAUGUCCACUCUCCAUGGAAUUUGCAUUUGAUACAGAAAGGCACGUGACCCAUCCCUCCCUCUGACCUCUUAGCUGUGAUUCCAUGGCCACACAACCCUGUGGCUCCAUGUCCCCCCCAUUCCAGGAUCCUCCAUGGCCCCAUGACUCCUUGAUCCCCAUGGCCUCAUGACCCUGACCUUCCAUGUAAUCAUAACCUGGACUUUGACCCCAGUGAUUGCUCUACCCCUCCCCUCCUGUGACUCUGGCCCGGGCUGCCCUUGGGGUCUUGUUGGUCCGAACUUCCCCAGGAAGAUGUGGGGGAGGCUCUGGCCCCUCCUCUUCAGCUUCCUUGAAGUAACAGCAGUCCCUGGACCCUCACUGCGGAGACCAUCCCGAGAGCUGGAUGCCACCCCACGGAUGACCGUCUCCUAUGAAGAGCUCUCCCAGAUUCGGCACUUCAAGGGCCCAGCCCAGAACUAUUCAACCUUGCUGCUGGAGGAGGCUUCCGAGAGGCUGCUGGUGGGGGCUCGAGGAGCCCUGUUCUCUCUCAGCGCCCGUGACAUAGGAGAUGGGGCUCACAAAGAGAUCCGCUGGGAGGCCUCCCCAGAGAUGCAAAGCAGGUGUCAUCAGAAAGGGAAAAACAACCAGACGGAGUGUUUCAACCACGUGCGGUUCCUACAGCGGCUCAACGCCACCCACUUCUAUGCGUGUGGGACUCACGCCUUCCAGCCCCUCUGUGCAGCCAUCGAUGCUGAGGCCUUCAUCUUGCCUACUAGCUUCGAGGAGGGAAAGGAGAAAUGUCCUUAUGACCCAGCCCGUGGCUUCACAGGCCUCAUCAUCGAUGGAGGCCUCUACACAGCCACACGGUAUGAAUUCCGGAGCAUUCCUGACAUCCGUCGGAGCCGCCACCCACACUCUCUGAGAACUGAGGAGGCACCCAUGCACUGGCUCAAUGAUGCUGAGUUUGUGUUCUCUGUGCUGGUUCGGGAGAGCAAGGCCAGUGCAGUGGGUGACGAUGACAAGAUUUACUUCUUCUUCAUGGAACGUGAGGAAGGCUCCAGCAGCUUCAGUCAGGGGCGCAGCAGCCACCGUGUAGCCAGAGUCGCCCGCGUGUGCAAGGGAGAUCUGGGAGGGAAAAAGAUCCUCCAGAAGAAGUGGACAUCCUUCCUGAAGGCUCGGCUCAUCUGCCACAUUCCACAGUAUGAGAUGCUGCGGGGCGUCUGCAGCCUGGAUGCCGACUCGUCGGCCCACACACACUUCUAUGCAGUCUUCGCACUGACAACACAGUGGAAGACCCUGGAGGCUUCAGCCAUCUGCCGCUAUGACCUGGCUGAGAUGCAGGCUGUCUUCACAGGCCCCUUCAUGGAGUACCAGGAUGGUGCCCGGCGCUGGGGCCGCUAUGAGGGUGGGGUGCCUGACCCCAGGCCUGGCUCGUGCAUCACAGAUUCGUUGCGCAGUCGAGGCUACAACUCAUCCCAAGACUUGCCAUCCCUGGUUCUGGAUUUUGUGAAGUUGCAUCCACUGAUGGCUCGGCCUGUGGUGCCCACACGUGGGCGGCCCCUGCUGCUGAAGCGUAAUGUACGCUACACACAACUCACAGGAACACACGUCAGCACGCCUGCUGGACCCACCUAUGACCUGCUCUUUCUGGGCACAGCUGAUGGCUGGAUCCACAAGGCUGUAGUCCUGGGCUCUGGGAUGCACAUUAUCGAAGAGAUACAAGUGUUCAGAGAGCCCCAGGCUGUGGACAGUCUAGUUAUCUCUCCGAUGCAGCACAGCCUGUAUGUCGGGGCUGCUAGCGGAGUCAUCCAGUUCCCUCUGUCCGGCUGUUCACGCUACCGUUCCUGCUACGGCUGCAUCCUGGCACGGGACCCCUACUGUGGCUGGGACUCCAGCACCCAGGCCUGCAUGGUGGCCACCACCAUAGCCAACAGGACAGCACUGAUACAGGACAUAGAGAGAGGAAAUCGAGGCUGUGAGGACAGCAGGGAUACAGGACCACCACCGCCACUGAAGACCCGCUCUGUGCUCCGGGGUGAUGACGUCCUCCUGCCCUGUGACCAGCCAUCUAACCUGGCCCGAGCUUUGUGGCUACUCAAUGGGAGCAAGAGCCUGAGUGAUGGGCUGGAUGGCUACCGCGUGGGGGUGGAUGGGCUGCUGGUGACAGACACUCAACUGGAGCACAGUGGCAUCUAUGGCUGCUAUGCUGAGGAGAACGGCCUCCGUAUGCUGCUGGCUUCCUACAGCCUCACUGUCCGUCCAGCCACCCCCGCCCCAGCUCCACAAGCCCCUGCCACAGCCGGGGCACAGCUGGCACAGGACAUGAGGCUGUUCUACGUGGUGGCCAUUGCUAUACUUGGUGGCCUCUGCCUCAUUCUGGCCUUUUCCCUCCUCUAUGUGGCUUGUCUGCGAGGAGGCAGACGAGGUCGCAGACGGAAAUACUCAUUGGGUCGGGCUGGCCGGGCAGGGGGCUCAGCUGUGCAGCUGCAGACAGUCUCAGGCCAGUGUCCUGGAGAGGAAGACGAAGGUGAUGACGGGGAGGGAGCUGGAGGUCUGGAGAGUGGCUGCCUCCAGAUCAUCCCUGGGGAAGGAGCCCCAGCCCCACCACCGCCACCACCCCCACCCCCACCGGCUGAGCUGACCAACGGGCUGGUGGCACUGCCCAGCCGUCUGCGAAGGAUGAAUGGCAACAGCUACGUGCUCCUGAGGCAGAGCAACAAUGGAGUGCCGGCCGGACCCUGCUCCUUCGCAGAGGAGCUCAGCCGCAUCCUGGAGAAGAGGAAGCAUACCCAGCUUGUAGAGCAGCUGGAUGAGAGUUCUGUCUGAGCCGGGCCUCCCCCAAAAGAUGCUCUUCCAAGGCAGCCUCUCUGCCCCAGGCUGGGCCACCGCCUCCCCAACACAGCCUCCCUCCUUCAUGCUCCCAACUCCAUGCCCUUCUUCCAGCUUUUUUGAUGUCUCUGUAGGGCUGGCCAGAGUCAUGGUUAGCCAAAGUCCCCUCUUCAGUCUCCAAGACAUACAUGUGAGCAGCCCAGGCCCACCGGUGCUCCUCAAAGGUAGGGCUCUGCAGGUCCAGAUGGCCUCAAUGUCACCAUCUUCAGCACAGCUGUGCGCUGGGCAGUCCUGAAUCCAGACCGAGACCUCUCUACCGGCCACCUGCUUACGAGCACAUUGUGCACAUGGAGAGUGUUUGUCAGCUGGGCUGCAGUGCCCCUCCCCCUCCUGGUGCAUCCAUCCCUCCUAAGUGGUUACCCUUCCAAUGUCACCUUCCCAUCACCUUUCCAGUCUCCACCCCAUGUGGUAAUCCUCUGGCAGGAGACUGGGAGCAGGCCAGCCUGGGAGGUAAGAAGCAUCACCCCCUUCUCCCUUCCUGUGUAGCUCUUGUGAGCCAGCCUCCCCAUCCCCUCAUUCACAUGCAAGGGUGCCAGAGCUCCAGGCAUGUCCUCUUCCCAUGCACAUGUGGUGACACACCCAUAUUGUGCUUCCAUUUCCACCCACAUGCACAUUCGGAACCUCCCCUUGCUGCCGUAGUCAGACCUGUGUCUGCUAGGUUUGGUCCAUGGAUAUUUCAAAGGGAGAUUUCCCUUCCUGUUUAGCUGUCCUCACAACAGAAAUAGGACAAGUGACCAACACUGCAUUAUGAGCCAGCCUCCCUCUUAGGGACCAAGCAAUUGCUCCUCCUAGGCCAGAGCAGGGGGAAGUGAUCUGGUAUCUCACCUGGCACAUGAAGCCCAUUCCUGGAACUAUGCAAAGGGCAGAGGCUGGGAGUUUGGAUGCUUGGCUCCCACUCCUGUCCUACCUCACCAGGGCACUUUCAAGGUCCAAGGGCCUCCCACGUCUCCAGGCCCAUAUGGGACAAUCAACCCUGACUGAGCUCUCCCAUUCCCUUUGGGUGAGGAUGACUGUUAUUUUUAUAGCUGAGAACGUGGAGCCCCACGAGUUUUUACUGCCCUUCACCCAUCCCUCUCCCACCUUCACCCCACAGUGAAUGUAUUUAUUGUGAGAAUGGCUGUACUUCUUCAGGAUUGCCCCCCACUCAUCACCCAGGUGGGUGGAGAAGGCAUGUGAUGGAACAGGGAGCCUGGGCACUGCUCCUGCUGAUGGUUAAUAAACACCCUCUUUCCCCACA